CCUGAUAAGUUUGCGACAUUGAACACUGUGUGGGUGCUGGAGGGAAUACAGAAGUACAAGUAGAAGUGCACUGGCCGAGCUGCAGUGCAGAGGAAAGAGGGCCCAGAGUAAGGAAAAGCCACUCCAAGUUGUGGGGAGACCUGCCAUCGCACUACCAGAUACCCCACUGAAGGCUCCUGAGGAACCAUGUCUCUGGCUGAGACGAUCCAGCUAUGGCAUGACGGGGUACGUGCUGCCGAUCAGAAGGACUGGAGAGCAGCGCUGGAGGCCUUCACUUCAGUUCAGAACCCCUCCUCCAAACUCUGCUUUAACAUUGGCUCCAUCCAUCUGAUCCUGGGGAACUUGGCUGAGGCAGAGCAGGCAUUUGCCAGGAGUAUUAACUGUGACAAGCACUUGGCUGUGGCCUAUUUCCAGAGAGGAACAGUAUUUUACAAGAGAGAAAACUAUGAUUCAGCAGUCGAAGACUUUAAAGAAGCACUGGCUCAGCUGCGAGGGAACCUGCUGAUAGACUAUAAGAUCCUGGGGCUGCAGUUCAGGCUGUUUGCUUGUGAGGUGUUAUACAACAUAGCUCUGGUCUAUGCCAAACUGGAGGACUGGAAAAAAGCAGAAGAGCACCUCAUCUUGGCAACGAGCUUGAAGAGCGAGCCUCGACACAACAAGAUUGAUAAGGCUAUGCAAGCCAUUUUGAAGCAAAAUGUAUUUGAGCCAGUGGUGAUCCCCCUGGGGAAGCUGUUUAGGCCAAAUGAGAAGCAAGUGGCUCAGCUGGAGAAGAAAGAUUACCUGGGGAAAGCUACGGUUGUGGCAUCCGUGGUCGACAAGGAUAAUUUUUCAGGGUUUGCACCACUUCAGCCACAGGCUUUAGAUCCUCCACCCCGACCAAAGACACCAGAAAUCCUCAGGGCUUUGGAAGGAGAACCUCACAGAGUCCUGUUCGAGUUCACACCCGAGACUUCUGAGGAACUGGCAGUCCUUCCAGGGAACAUCGUCUUUGUCCUGAACAGGGGAAUUGACAACUGGGCCACUGUUAUGUUCAACGGGAAGAAAGGGAUCGUUCCAUACAACUACCUUGAGGCGGUGGAGUUACAGAACAGACCUCACCAGUGGGAGGAAAAAUCCCCAGAGCUCGACAUCCCUGACCCACCCAGUUUCAAUGCUCCAGAAAAACCCAGACAGGCAGCACCAGAUCAUGUUCCUGUUACUUUUGACAAACAGCGGAUGAAAGAGACAAAGGUGGGAGACACAGCUGUCCCAAGCCCAUACAUUCUCAAGGUGCACUACAAGUACACAGUAGCAAUGGAAGCCACGCCUCAACUCUCCUACAGCGAGAUUUUGGACAUGGUCUGCAAGAAGCUUGAGCUCUUGACGCAGCACACAACACUGAGGUACCGGCCUGCAGGUAGUGGUGAGCUCAUGGUUCUGAGUGAGGAGGGCAUGAAGACAGCCUGGAGCCACGCUAAAGACCACUGUCUGACACUGUGGUGCGGCAGCACAGAGGGAGAUCAAGAUUUUCCAGGAGAUGGCAAAACAGAGGAAGAUACCCAGAAAGCAACAUCAGAAGAGGAAUUAGCAAACAGAGUAGUAGCGCAAUACAGUUAUGAAGCCACCCAGCCAGAGGACCUAGAAUUCCAGGCAGGAGAUGUGAUACUCAUCCUAUCCAAAGUGAAUGAAGACUGGUUAGAAGGCCAGUGCAAUGGGAAGGUUGGUAUUUUCCCAUCAGCUUUUGUUCAGAAGUGUGAUGUGUAAAAAAGACACUGAAAUUAAUUUGGUAGAACCCUGAAGAGCCCAGGACAUGCAAGGAAGCCUAAGAGUUUCUAAAGUUGCACACAAGAAGUCUCAUCUCAUUAUCCGCUGCAUUUAAAAACAGACCUAAGUGUAAUUCUGGUGUGUAAAAAGGCUGUACUUUUCUUUGUUUCACACUUCUCUGUUGUAUCAGCUCUUAUUUAAAACAGGUACCAGGUCACUGGAAAUAUGGUUAUGAACUAUCUUCCCAAUGAUAAGACCAGACAUUUAAUCCUGCAUAAAAAGAGCUACAUAUCUCAAAUGGCCUAGUAGCAAGAGCCCUCUCUCCAUGGCUAAGUACAGAAAGUCAAAAAGCCUGAGGCUGAAUUGAUUUAGUCUUUGCAAGUUAGUCUGAGAUGCAUAGAUUAAAUUGAAACAGAAGUGAACAGACAUUUAUUUACUUUUGAUUCAGGAAAUGCAGCCACAUGCCUGCAGUGGCUCGGGCUAGAAGCUGGGGGUCCUAGAACAUGGAUCUCUCACAUGUAGCUAGUAUGGACUACAUAUUCGCUUCCUCUUCCUGCUGUCCCUGAGGUCUCUGGGAUUUGUAGUCCAAAAAUCACAACAGCAGGACUCUGCAGGGUUGCUUAUCAUUUCUUCUUCCUGCUUCUAGGUGCCUCUGGGAUUUGUAGUCCACAGCCAGCAGUAAGUUUGAGCAGGGAAGAUUGUUUAACCCCCUCCCCCUCCUCUCCCUGGCCCCAGUCCCCAGCUGGGGUUUGCCUAGAGGGGGCAGUUUCUUCUCCUCCUCUCCCCCUGCCAGACAGGGCUGUAUCCCCAGCCAGGCUUGCCCCUCCUACCCCCUUGUCAGCCACCCUCACUGUUCCAGCCAGGGAGCAGAGGGGCACGGCCAGUCCUGCUCUCUGGAGCAGACCACACAGCCCAACCCAGGGCUGCAAAAUAUGAUGAGAUGCUGGGGGGCCUCUGAUUUAACUUGAACCAGGAAGGUCUGGGACAGAAGUUUCAUAAACUGGUUUGACCCAAAUCAGUUGAAUCUGAUACUACAUUCAACCAGGUGCAUCUUAAAUCAGCUUUAGCCAUUUUGAAACUGGUUUAUGUGCACUGAGCUUCUGUUCUGUUGCAGGUUUAAACCAGUUUCUGAUCACUUAAACUGGUUUAUGUGCAACUUCUUUCCCUAGCUCAUCUGUUCUGCCCAUGGCAAGAAUGUGGAAAAAUCCUUUCACAAGCACAAUAAUGCUUUAUUUAUGGUGCUGCCAGCAAAAUGGAAAAGGAACUGGUAUUCAGGAAGCUAAGCAGCAGAAGGGCAAAUUUUGCCAUACUAUUAGCCAUCUUACACUUUAUUGCCAAGCCAAUUAUUCAAAAACCCUGCGUCAUGCCCCUCAUUUAAUAAAUUGGUUCUACUUUCACACUA